UUUGUUACAGCGUCGAGCGAGAAAAGUCUGUUGCGGAUCGAAACACACGUACUAAUCUCAUUUAAAUUUUUACCUUCAAAUAUAUUCUCAAUGUGAUAAAAAUGAAAGUGUCUGUAUCUCAAGUGUAUACAUCGGUCGCCUGCAAUCGCACACCGGAAAUUGUAGACUGGAAUAAUGAAGGAAUCAUUUGUUUUGGUGCUUCAUAUGCUGUUGUUAUUUACAAUACGAACAUCAAAGGCAAAGAUCCACUCACAGUGCUCAGCCAUCACCGGUCUUCCGUAAACUCUGUGAAAUGGGUCCAUGAACCAGACGGCACAUGUACAGAGUUGGUGUCUUGUUCUGCCGAUAAAACUGCAGCCAUCUGGUCCCUAAAGGAUGGUGCAUGGAAGGUGACAGCCACCUUGAAAGGACAUACUGAAGGAGUGACAUGUGUUUUCGGCAUUUACACGAAGAAUGAUGAUCUCGUUGUGUAUACAGCUGCAAUUGAUUCCAUGAUUAAAAUCUGGGAAAGAUGUGAUGAAGUCACAACCCUCAAGCAAACUAUAAGCCUUAACUCAGGCCUAUGCUUAACUCUCCAUGCUCAUCUACUGCCUAGCAAGCAGCCUGCAUUGUUCUGUGCUAUGGAUGACAACAAGAUACACAUGUUUGCUGGAGACGAGUACCAUAGAGUUCACACCCUGGCCGGCCAUGAGGACUGGGUGAGGGGGCUAGAUGUUCUUGAUGUGGACAACGACACCAUACUAUUAGCAUCAGCUUCACAAGAUACAUACAUUCGUCUCUGGCGCAUACAAAAACACGUGCCACAAGAAGAAUCCUCAGAGAUCCGAGUGGAGGAGAAACUGUUUAGCGCGCACGGCUGCGAUUGGUCCGUGAAGCUUGACGCCGUAUUGGCUGGUCACGAGGGCUGGGUGUACGGAGUUCAGUGGCACCCACGUGUCGAUAAAGACAAGCCAGUAUACCGCUUACUUUCCUCCUCGCUGGACAAAACGCUCAUAGUUUGGGAGCCAGAGUCCUCCCCACACAAAGGGGAAGGGGAGGGGGCGUGGAACGAGCGUGUCCGCGUUGGUGAAGUGGGAGGGAACGGACUUGGGUUCUACGGGAGCCGGUUCGGGCCCAAAGGGGAUAGCUUCGUGGGACACGGGUAUAACGGCUCGUUUCAUAUUUGGAAGUUGAUGAAGGAGACGGGCCAAUGGGAGCCGUCAGUAGUGUGCGGCGGCCAUUUUGGUUCUGUCGAGGACGCUCGGUGGGAGCCGCGGGGACGUUACCUCGUGAGCGUCUCCGCCGACCAGACCACGAGGCUGCAUGCGCCGUGGAAGAGACCUGAUGGGUUAGGCCAAGAAUGGCACGAGAUAGCCCGUCCUCAAGUGCACGGCUAUGACAUGUCUUCGCUGGCUGUAUUACCCAACAACAGCUUCGCUUCGUCGGCCGAGGAGAAAGUCGUUCGCGUUUUUAAAGCGCCACAUAACUUCAUCAACAACUUUAAGAAUAUAACCGGCAUUGAGUUGGAGGAAACUGAUGAUAAAGGUCCCGAAGGAGCGUCAGUGCCGUCUCUGGGUUUGUCCAACAAAGCCGUGUUUGCAGACUCCGAGCUGGACGACGAGAAUGACGGCCACUUCGUACCGGUGGAUUUGAAAGAGCCGCCGACCGAGGAGACUCUGAUGCAGCACAGCCUAUGGCCGGAGUCCCACAAACUAUACGCGCACGGCAGCGAGGUGUUCGCGCUGGACGCGGCCCGCGACGGCGCCGCGCUCGCGUCCGCCGCGCGCGCCGCGCUGCCGCCGCACGCCGCGCCUGCGCUCUGGGACACCUCGAACUGGCAACAAAUACAGAAGUUAAUAUCGCAUCAGCUCACCGUGACACAACUAGCUUUCUCGCCGGACGGUGAACACCUGUUGUCGGUGUCGCGUGACAGAAAGUGGACAUUACACCGUAGGGUGCAAGGUUCGAAGUCGUUCGAGACCGUGGCGUUUACGGACAAGAGCAACGGUGUGCACACGAGGAUAAUUUGGUGUUGUGCGUGGGCGCAUGAUAGUAGUAUGUUCGCGACUGGAUCUAGGGAGGGGAAGGUAUGCGUGUGGUCAAAAUCGUCCACAACUAGUCAAUCGUCGCUCGGCGCAUACGCAUUACUCGGCAAACCUUUGGACACCAACAUUUCUGUGACAGCACUUGCGUUCGCGCCGCUGACAAGAGAUGGCGCUAAAGUCGUGGCGGUCGGGCUAGACUCGGGCAAUAUAAGGUUUUACAAGUUUGACGGUGAAGAUUGGAACUUGCUACAUGAGAUGGAUAAUAGUGCAUCUCAUCACCUCACCGUCAAACGGUUAAUGUUCAGACCGAGUGAAAUUACAGAACCCUUGAUGUUGGCGAGCGCAGGCGCAGACCACUUUGUUCGGAUUCACGCUGUUACUAUAUCUUGAUAGUUGUAUAUUAUGAAAUAAAUAUG